ACAGCGAUUGCAAUUUUGUUUACGUCACCGCGUCACCGAGCUUGAGGAAGCGACUGACAAUUCAUCGAGCGCCCGAACUUCGACAAACCGUGCGUCCUCUUCCGAUCGCUUUACUGUUUCGCGACGCGCGCCGUUAAACCGGUUCUUCCCAAUGCGCACGUGCCGUCAAGUUUAAAGGGUGCGAAUUAGCUCGCCGUCCGUCUGAGCGCAUCGAGUUGCUGUCACGUCGCAGCGGUGAAGUGCACGCUUAUCGAUCAGCGUCGAGAAACCCCUGGAGCCUUUCUGUCGAUCCUCGUCGAUCCGCUGAGGAUAUAUUGAUUGUGAAUGAUGGGGGCUCAGAGGAGCGAGGGGCGCAGAGACUGGCUCCAGCAGGAUGUCACCGAGCAGCAGCUCCAGACCGUGAAUCCCUGGAACAUCAUGAUCAAGCACAGACAGGUGCACCGCCGGGGACGCCGCUCGCAGAUGGCGGUCAGCUACACAGACCCUGUCAUUUCCAUGGAUCUUCUGCGGACCGUUCUGCAGCCCAGCUUCAACGAAGACAUCCGCGCCGUGUUCAGAAAAUAUAUGAAGUUUUUCGAGAAGGCGGCCAGCAACGUCAAAGAGAACGUUGGAGGAGAUGUCCAGCCCGACCAGCUGAUCAGAGACACUUGCAGAAACUGCCUGGAACAUGCGAAACAGCUCUUUCCUGAAUCAGAGAAAACAACCGUGAAACCCAACGUUGAUCCAACAGUGAAGCGUGCACGGCAGCCGGAUGACACCUCUGGACAGAGAGACAGUCCCAUCCCUAAAAAGAGGAAAGGUCGUCCCCCAGGUACCGUUGUACAGUAUGACAGACCAGCCCCGUACACUGCAGCAAAACUCAAAAUAACCGAGCCGAUAAAGCGAGAAGGACCCAAGUGGGACCCAUCCAGACUGAAUGAGAGCAGCACAUUCGUUCUGGGAUCCAGGGCAAAUAAGGCUUUGGGGAUGGGGGGUACUAGAGGAAGAAUCUACAUCAAACAUGCAGAGCUCUUCAAGUAUGCCGCUGAUGCUCAGGACAAACACUGGCUUUCAGAAAGACAGCACAUGAGAGCUACUGGUGGAAAGAUGGCCUAUCUGCUAAUAGAAGAGGAUAUUCUUGAUCUUGCCCGAAGUGAAGACUACAAGGACUGCCCUGACUUGAAGAUGGAUGAACUGAAACCGUUUCUAGUGCCAAUCUGGAUGGUGGAGAAGAUGCAGAAGGCGAUGGAGGCACAGAAAACAGAAAACGACCUUGUCGUGUAGUGCCAGCCUCGCCAGGCAAGUCGUUGGACCACGGACGCUCUUGAGUGUUACCAAUUUAUCAUAACUGUAACUUCUUGUUGUUUAUUUUGUUUGUGUGAUGUUCACAUUAGACCCAGGCAUUAUGAUCAAGUUGCCCAGAAAUUGUUGUGUUGGCAAAUCAAAAUUCCCCAUUUCAAUUCAUAUGCUUUUGUCUAAAAUGGUAUGAAUCCGAUUUCUCUUUUCCGACAACAAAUGUGCUUUUUCAUGAUUUUGUAUUGAAAAGACUUUGAUAUCUUAGACACAUAGGCCUUAAUGAUUUUUUUUUUUUAUUUUUUUUUUUUUUACUGUGCUUAAUGGACAUUUUGUAUGUUUGUUUUUGUGUGCAUUCUGUGUCUUAUUUUUUUUUUUAAACAAAUCAAUUUUAUGAAUUGUCAUAUCUGCUUUCAAAUGGAAUUUAAGUAGUAGUUAUUUUCAUUUCCCACUUAUUUCUCUUUUUAAAUAUAUUGCAUUGUUCUUAAAAAAAAAAAAAAAAAAGCUACUUCCUCUCACAGCAGAACUAUGCUAUGAGCUGUGAUGUUUUUACCUGAUAUUAUCUUUUGUAAAUUAAAUAUGUUUUUAAGAAAAGAAAAAAAAGAAAAUUUAAAAUUGGUUUGGUAAGUAUUUAAGUUAUUUUCUAAAUGAAUUUCAUACCUGUUACACUCAUUUAAUGUCUGUUAUAACCGAAAAAGUAGAAAAGUUUAUUAAUGUAUGCAGAUAUAUUUACCAAUAAACAGUUUUGUGCUAAA